GAGAGACGGUAGCCCGCCAGCCGCGGCCCGGAGCGGGGACAUGAGGAAGAGGCGGCGGCGGGAGGCAGACGGAGGCGGGGCCGCCCAGCGGCGGUAGCAGCGUCCCUGGGGGUGGCAGGUGUAGCUCCGGGGCAGGAGCGUCACCUCCUAGCCCCCUCUUCCCAGUCAGUGGCCGGGUCGCGUUAGGGGCUGGUGGCGGCGGCGCCUCCCUUGGUUCGCCACCAUGUUCCGGAGGGCGCGACUGAGCGUCAAGCCCAACGUGAGACCCGGGGCUGGCGGCAGGGGCCCGGCCGCUCCCGAGCCUCCGCGCGGCCAGCAGGCUUCUCGAGAGCCCGAGCCGGCUCUGGCCGCGCCGCUGCCGCUGCCGCCGCCGCCGCCGCCACCGCCGCCCGAAGCAGCCGAGACCCCUCCGGGGCCCCCGCUGGAUCCCGGAGGCGCCCAGCCCCUGGAGGACAAGGCGGCCGAGUGUAGUGAUGAAAGACCCACUGGGGAUGAUGCUGGACAAUCCAGUAAAUCUUCAUCAACUGCUUUACAAAGAAGAAAGCGAAUAUCAACUGUGCCUAGUUUCACUAAAUCUAGUGUGCCAGCACCAUCAGUUCCCCAGUCCUUGUGCACUGUUCAAGAGGAAGCACCACAACCAAGUUCCCUUCCAAGAAAAGAGAAACAACCAUGUAGGAUACUUAAAGCCCAAAAGCUGAGAGAAAUGCUAAGAGAGGAAAUGACAAAAAGAAGGAAGCAAUGGAAAAACAAAUAUGCUGGAAAUGAAAGUCAAACACCACCAGACCGUUCUAAAAUGACUAUGAGAGACUUGAUAUAUUACCUACCGGACAGCAAUCCUAUGAAAUCUUCUUUGGAACAAGAAGCAAAAACUGAAAAAUCUACAGCGCCAGUGCAAACUAAAAAUCAAGAAGAGAAAAAUAUUCCUGAUGCUGAAGAUGAUGUUGAAGAAAUGGAAGAAGAGAGCAAUGAAGGCCCUUUACUUGUUCCUCGUGUAAAAGUGGCAGAAGAUGGCUCUAUUAUUCUGGAUGAAGAAAGUUUAACUGUAGAAGUUUUAAGGACAAAAGGCCCAUGUGUUGUUGAAGAAAAUGAUCCCAUUUUUGAAAGAGGUUCCACAACUACAUAUUCCAGCUUUAGGAAAAAUUAUUACUCUAAGCCAUGGUCAAAUAAAGAAACAGACAUGUUCUUUUUAGCCAUCAGCAUGGUAGGAACUGACUUUUCUAUGAUUGGCCAACUCUUUCCUCACAGAGCAAGAAUAGAAAUUAAGAAUAAAUUUAAACGUGAGGAAAAAACAAAUGGAUGGAGAAUUGACAAAGCAUUUCAAGAGAAACGCCCCUUUGACUUCGAUUUCUUUGCUCGUUUGCUUGAGAAGGUCCUUGCAGAAGAGGAGAAAAGAAAACAGAAAACUGUUAAAAAUCAAAACACAAAAGAUAAGAAGUCUUCUAGACCUCGAAAAAAACAAAAUGUAAACAGAGUUGCCACUGGUGAAGUAGAUGAUGGUCCAGAUGAUUCUCUGAAUGCCAGAGUUUCAGACAUAGAAGGAACUGAAAUAGAUGCUGCGAUUGUUGAGAAAGAGAAUGACCAGUCUUUGAAUAAAGCAGGACAGACGAUAUUAGAGCCUGUUGUAAAUAGAAAGAAACGGAAAAGAAAGAAAAAGGAUGACACUGAUGAGCAAGAAGCAGAAAAUCUUUCAAAAGAGGCCACUGACCCCUCAGACACUUCUACAGGGGAAAAGCCAAAUAAGAAGAAAUGUCAACUUUUGGUAACUGUAAUAAAUGAGGAUGAAUGUAAUAAAGACUUGGAAGUUUCCAAUUUGGAAAACCUAAAUGAGAUUGCUUGCUUGCCACUGAGUGAAAAUGAUGAGAAUGAACCCGAACACAUCUCUUCAGCAAGUAAUCAAGAUGAUAAUGUCGCACCACCAGUAGCAGUUGAAUCCUCUGAACUAGAGGUUUCAGAUUUGUCUCCUUCAAAAGCCAAAAGUAAAGAAUUGACUCAGAUUGUUCAAGUUGACAGCAAUGUAGGAGGAAAAAUUAGUGAUACUAAUAUUAAACUCCCAGAAGCUGAAAAAGCUGGUACUAGCAACCCCAGAGUGAGAGGGCGUCCCCUCAGGCCUAAACCCAACUUGUUAGGAUCAUUUGGAAAGAAAGCAGAACCUACUGAAAAUAAAAUUGAAGUAGAGAGCAAAAAUCCAGAACUUCCCGGAAAUGUUGAAAAGAAUCUCAUGGAAAAAGAUGAAUGUAGCCCUCCUGAUAUUACUGGAAAGGAGGUUACAGAAACAGAGAGUCAAGGAACUGAAGCUAAAUCUCAUGAAAAAAGUGGUUUACAAGAAACUAAUAAGGCUAAUAUUUUCAGACCAUUGAGGUUAAUGAGGGGUCGAAUGCAGAGACCAAAGCCACAUAUAGGGAGAACAACUGACCAGAAGGAAGUAGCAGCAGAAGAUAUAACUGGAACUAAAGAAGAGGACAAAAGUGAGUCCAGUGUCACUGAAGGUGCCCGAGUACAAACAGAAGAUCAGUCAUCCAACAAGUUGAACACUGGAAACAGUAGUAGUACACAGAAUGAGAAAGAAGAUGUAAUUUCUCAGAAGUCAAAAACAGAUGAGCCUCAGACAGUUAAGGAAAAUCAGAGUCUUCAAGAUGUUGAUAAAUCAAAUACACUCAAACGAGGACCAGUAAUGAAAACACGAUUUCAGAAGCCAAGACCUAACAUAGGAAGAGCAACUGGAAGAAGUGAAAUUAGCACAGAGGAAAAGGCACCCAAGGAAACAGGUGUCACUGGAAAAGUAGAGGCAGGUUUACCUCAAAGUGAUGGUGGAUUCAGUUCUCUUCCCCUCCCAGAUAUCAUAAGCUGUGGAGUGCCGCUCCCUGUUGAAGCAUUUGAAAAAGAAGCACCUCCAAAGGGAAUCUCAAGUCCAGUAAUUCCUCUGAAGCUUUCUGGAAUAUCUUCUAUAGAAAGAUGUGAAGAAGAUAAGGAAACACAAUCAACAGUUGGUCUGGAGCAAGUUUCAGAUAUUAUCCAGAGCACAUGUUCUCAAGAUGAAAAACUCUCUGUAGUUAAAAAAGCCCCAUUUGUGAGAAAUCGAUUCAAGAGACCAAAACCAAACUUAGGAAGAGCAGUCGAAAAAAGUGGAUCUUCAGGAGCAGAAAGAUGUGAGUUGCUGGAGAAAAUGGAAACAGGAAAACCAGAGAUCAGGAUACAACAUGAUCACAAACAGGAUGCCAUCUCUCCCCCUCAAGAUGCCUUUCUCCUUCAAGAUAAUGCUUCUCCCCUUCAAGUUCCUUCUUCCCCCAGUGAAGAUCAUUCCUCCCCACCUCAAGUCAUUGCCUCUUCCCCCCAAGUUGAUGCCUCUUCCUCUAAAGAUGAUGCCAUUACUCCUCAAGGUGAUUUGAUGCCCCAAGUUCCUGUUUUCCCCUCUCAGCUUGCUGCCUUCCCACCUCAAGACAGUGCUUCUCCCCCUCAAGUCAGUGCCUUUCCUCUUCAAGGUGAUGUUUCCCCACUUCAAGAUGAUGCCUCCCCGCUUCAAAGCAAUGCCUCCUCCCUUCAAGGUGAAGCUUCCCCACCUCGAGGUCAUGUUUCCCCUAUUCAAGAUGAGGCCUCCCCUCUUCAAUGUGAUGUCUCUCCCCUUCAAAAUGAUGCCUCUCCACUUCAAGGUGAUGCUUCCCUCCUUCAAGGCAAUUCCUCCUCUCUUCAAGACAAAGCUUCCCCAUUUCAAGACGAUGUCUCCACUCUUCAAAAUGAAGUCUCCCCAUUUCGAGGUCAUGUUUCCACUGUUCAAGAUGAGGCUGCCCCGCUUCAAGGUGAAGUCUCCCCCCUUCAAGUCCAUGCUUCUCCCCUUCAAGGUGAAGCCUCUCCCCUUCGAGGCAAAGUUUCCCCCCUUCACAGUGAUGUUUUCUCCCUUCAAGAUGAUGCCUCCCUCCUUCAAGGUGAAGCUUCCCCACCUCGAGGUCAUGUUUCCCCUAUUCAGGAUGAGGCCUCCCCUCUUCAAGGUGAUAUUUCCCCCCUUCAAGAUGAUGCUUCCCUCCUUCAAGGCAAUUCCUCCUCUCUUCAAGACAAAGCCUCCCCAUUUCAAGGUGAAGUCUCCCCCCAUCAAGUCCAUGCUUCUCCCCUUCGAGGCAAAGUCUCCCCCCUUCAAAAUGAUGUCUCCUCCCUUCAGGUUGAAGCUUCCCCACCUCGAGGUCAUGUUUCCCCUAUUCAAGAUGAGGCCUCCCCUCUUCAAGUUGAUGUUUCCCCCCUUCAAGGCAAUUCCUCCUCUCUUCAUGAUGAAGUCUCCCCAUUUCGAGGUCAUGUUUCCCCUAUUCAAGUUGAGGCUGCCCCAGUUCAAGUCCAUGCUUCUUCCCUUCAAGGUGAAGCCUCCCCACUUCAAGGCAAAGUCUCCCCCCUUCAAAGUGAUGCUUCCCUCCUUCAACAUGAUGUCCCCCCACUUCAAGGCAUUUCUUCCUCUCUUCAAGGUGAAGCCUCCCCACUUCAAGGUCAUAUCUCCCCUAUUCAAGAUCAGGCCUCCCCUCUUCAAGGUGAAGCCUCCCCACUUCAAGACAAAGUCUCCCUGCUUCAAAGUGAUGCUUCCCUCCUUCAACAUGAUGUCCCCCCACUUCAAGGCAUUUCUUCCUCUCUUCAAGGUGAAGCCUCCCCACUUCAAGGUCCUAUCUCCCCUAUUCAAGAUCAGGCCUCCCCUCUUCAAGGUGAAGCCUCCCCACUUCAAGACAAAGUCUCCCUGCUUCAAAGUGAUGCUUCCCUCCUUCAACAUGAUGUCCCCCCACUUCAAGGCAUUUCUUCCUCUCUUCAAGGUGAAGCCUCCCCACUUCAAGGUCAUGUCUCCCCUAUUCAAGAUCAGGCCUCCCCUCUUCAAGGUGAUGUCUCCCCACUUCAAGACAAAGUCUCCCUGCUUCAAAGUGAUGCUUCCAUCCUUCAACAUGAUGCCCCCCCACUUCAAGGCAGUUCCUCCUCUCUUCAAGGUGAAGCCUCCCCACUUCAAGGUCAUGUUUCCCCUCUUCAAGGUGAAGACUCCCCACUUCAAGGCAAAGUCUCCCCCCUUCAAAGUGAUGCUUCCCUCCUUCAACAUGAUGCCCCCCCACUUCAAGGCAUUUCCUCCUCUCUUCAAGGUGAAGUCUCCCCACUUCAAGGUCAUGUUUCCCCUAUUCAAGAUCAGGCCUCCCUUCUUCAAGGUGAUGUCUCCCCACUUCAAGGCAAAGUGUCCCUGGUUCAAGGCGUUGUCUCCUCUCAAGAUAAUGUCUCACCCCUUCAAGCUGGUGCUAUCCCUGCUCAAGUCUAUGCUUCCCCCCCUCACCUGACUGCUUUGUCCCUUCAAGUCAUUGGGUCCCCCCAUCAAGUAGAUGCAUCCAUCCCUCAAGAUGAUGCUUCUCCCCCUCAAGUGGCUCCCUUCCCCACUCAAGAUGAUGCCUCCCUUCAAGUUAAUGUCUCCCCGCUUCAAACCAACACCUCCCCACUUCACGUCACUGCCUCCUCCACCCAAGUCAUUACCUUCUCCCCUGAAGAUGAUGCCUCUCCUGUUCAAGUAGCUGCUUCUUGCUUUCAAGGUGAUGACCUUCCCAUUCAGGACAUCAACCACCCUUGUCAGAAUGAUGUAGCUGAAUAUUCUCAAAAGACAACAAUUAAGUAUGAAAAACCAGGUCCAGAAAAGGGGGAAGCAGAACAGACCCCAAAGAAGCUUUUAGAUUCAAUGAGUUGUGAACCUGAAGAGAAAGAAGCCCAAGAAAAUGAUUUCACUGUUUCUACAGGCAUCACAAAUUCCCAGCAAGAAAUUAAGAAAAAUGAUAUCCAACCUGCACAACGAAUGAGGGGUCGAUUUAAGAGGCCUAAGCCAAACAUAAGCAAAGCAGAAAGGAGAGGAUCCAGGACAGCAGGAAAAUGGGUUGUUGAAGAAAGGGCAAAGGAAGAAGGAAUAACACAGCAUAAGAAUGAAUCUGAAAGUAAAUUCUUCACCCUUUCACGUUCUAAAAUUGAAAGUGAAGUUGUACCUUCUGAAGUCUACAGUAUGUGUGGAAGUAAGAAUCAAGAGGUAUCAGAGCAAAAUUUGCAAGUUAGCAGAACUGAAAUUUUAAAUGAACAGAUAAGCAAGGAUAAAGAUAAACCUCAUGUUAUCAGUCCAGCGCAGUUGAGAAGGAGCCGAUUCCAAACAGCUAAGCCAAAUUUGGGGAGGGUGUACAGAAAGAAAGAAGAACCUGAAACAGAAAAGAUUGUGCCAAAUAAAAAUGACACAAGAAAAGCAGAAGAUAAGUUGUUGCAACAAGGAGACUCUGAUACCCACCAGUCUCUAAAAGAUAAAACAGAACUUCUGUCAUCCCUGGGGAUUGCAGCAAGAAAAGAAUGUGUAGAUUCCAGAGACUCUGCCUUGCCCAAGGAGUAUAGUCAGUCAGAAAAAUUGGAUUCCUGUGACAGACAAUUGGAAUAUGCUGGCCACAGUGGUGCAGGAGCUACUUCCUCAUCCUCAGGUGUUGAAGAGCAAUUUCUGAAUAAAUCAACAAGAUAUACACAACAAUCAAAAGAACCAGGUUGCCUGAAAAAUACUGUGGGUCGAAGAAUUGUUCCUUCCUCAACUCCUGAAUGUGAGAUGGAUAAUACUGACAGGAGAAUGCAGCGGAAGUCUAAACAAAAUUUCACCAAAGGACGUGGGUCCAAGCGUGUCCGUGGCAGGAUUUCCAGGAAGGAACCUAGGAGCUCAAAGGCAGUAUUAGUGACACUCCGAGCUUCUCAGGAAGAGGAAGAAGAGGAUAUAGAAGACCUUGAGUCUGAAUAUGAGGAAGAAAACUACCAUCUUGCACCAGAAGAAGUCAACAAGGCACCAGUGUUUGUACCUAUAGGGCUCCGGUCACCAGAACCGGUUUCUGCUCAAAUUGAGGAAACCAUGGAAGAGCUUGAAAUUUCUGUGAAUGUCCCAGAUGUACCAUGUAUUACUCUUGCUGAACAUCUCCUUCCCAAUGUAACUGUGUCAAAUGAAGGACUGCAUCAGGAAGAAAAUCUGAAUGCCUCAGUUGAAAUUACUACCAUUGAUUAUCCUCAUGAAGAAACAGGUAUCAAUGAUGGAAGCACAGAAGCUGCCAUAGCUUUACUUACAAUGGGAAAUCAGAUGUUGCAGUCAGAGACCAGUACUGAAGGAAUAGUAUGUGUGCUUCCUGAAGAUAACUUACGGAGCCAUAUUUCUACUUCCAACCCAGAGAACUGUGACCACAGGGUUCUUCUUGAACAUCAAGUGCUUUCUUCACCAGUCCCUAGUACAUUGCUUACAACACUGGAUGAAAAUAAGAGUGUAUCAGAGGAGCAAAGUACUGGAAAAGAAAUGAACAUACCUGGGCAAAUAAAGGAAAUUUCUCCACCUUCCAGUAGCCAACCUUCUAAAAAGACAAGCUCAUUGAGAACAAGAAGCAGAUUUCCUAAACCUAAGCCAAACCUUAGUAAAAUACUUGGGAAAGAUAGACAUGUUCGUCGGAAAGUUACUAGUCUUCCUGAAACUGUGGAUCAACAGGUCGAUAUCCAGAGUGCUUCCAAAGAAGCCGUUUUGGAAGAUACAAACCUAGAAUCAAAGAUUAUGACAGAUGGCAUGAUGCAGACUAGCAUGCUGACAGAUCUACACAGCUUCAGAGGCACUGAUGAUGGCAAAGAAGUCAACCAAAUGGAAAGAGAAGAAAACCAGAACAAGGAAUCUCAAGAGGCUCAAGUGGUAUCUCCCUCCUCUAUACUAACCAAGACCAGUUCAUAUGACAUCAGCUAUAAUGUCACUAAUACUCCUACAGGAGAAUUUUCUAGUCAUGAUGAUGGAAACAAUUUAUUAAUGACUCAUUUUGCCCAGCAAUGUAUAUUGAAUAGUGCUACAAAAGCUGAGCAACAGAAUGUAAUUGUUCCAGAUGACAUAGCAGUGAAUCUGGUUGCUGCUGAUCAUCAAGGAGAAGAGGAGGAGCAGACAUUCAUUUUAACUCUGGUGGAAAUCCCCACAGACGCAGCAGAGCAAUUUACUGGUUUGUCUGAUUCAUUAACUUCUGGAGCUCUGCUACCAGCACCCAUAUUGGUCAAAUCAGUGAAUAGAGAAGAAAGGGGAGACUUAAGCUUGAAUUUCCCAGUUGUUGAAGAUGCCACACAUUUAUCUAGUUAUGGAAAUAGUGUACAGCCAUUUCCUGAAAAGCCCCCAGCUGAUUUGGAUCUGACAUUUGGUGAAACACUUGUUUGCGGACUUGAAGAAAGCAAUAGUUUUGUUGCUCCUACAACACUUAGUGUUUCCACUUUAGGAGAUGAUUGUCAGAAAAUCACCUCUGAGGUAUCUCCAGAAGAAUCCACAAACGUGUACAUGAAUGCUGCAGGAGAGUCUUAUGAAAAGCAGACUGUUGUACCUAUCUUGGGAAGCACAUGUACAAUCACAGAACCUCAGAAGACAGAGAAAGAGCAGUCAGAACUUACUGUGCAGGCUUCAGGAACUGAAUCUUGUGAUGAGGUGACAUGUACUCAAAAAGAAGAGAAUGUUCCUCAUUUACCUCAAGAUGAGACUGUAGUAUCUGACAAGGAAAGAACUGGGGCUACCCAUCAAUUAGAACAGAGAAGCAAGUCAUCCUCUUUGUUUUCCAGACCUGGCCGAAGACCUCUGGGAUUUUUAUCUUUGAUAUGUUCAAAGAAUAAUUUGGAUUCUGAAUCAGAAGCUACACCAAUGAACAGUCAAAAGCGUUUGAAACCUCUUAUACCUAUAUCAAGGCGUAAUUUUAGAAGACCGACUCCACUAAAUGAAAGCAAGAGAAAAAAGCAAGACUCUUGUCCCCUUCCUCCCACAAGUUCUGAGUCUCAUUCUGAAACCAGUCCUAUGAGCAAUUCAGCACCUCAGGUUUCCUGUGAUCAGUCACUCGAGGAAGAAAGUUGUAAAAGUGACCAAAAGAUGGAAACUGAAGAGGAGCCAACCAAAGUCACUGAAUAUUUUUUUAGUGAUAUUUUUAUGGAAGUGGAUGAAACAGAGCAAAGCUGAGGCUUUUUACAAAGCUUGGGAUUUUAAUUCUGAAUUGCAACAACAAAGCAGUAUUUAGCUGAAGGAUCACUGUUGAUUUUUCUUGGAUUUAUUUUGUAUUUAAUGAACUUGGUCUUGAAGCUUUUAAAAUCACUGGAAUACAUUGUGGAUAUUUCCCUCAAAUUGGUUGAGUCAAGCAGCUAAGACUUGUUUAUCAAACAAAUAAUGACUCUUGUUUACAUUUUGACCCUCCUCCUGUGCUGGCCACAUGUGGACACUUUGUGGUGUCACAGAUAAAUGCCUUUUCAAUCAUAGGCCUAAAGUCUUUGGAGGUUGAUUGUAUAUAACAUUUAGUGAACACUUCUUUUUGUGAAGUUAUUUCUUGGUAGGGGCCUUUUAAUUUGCCUCUGUAAGUAGAUGGAAGCAGAUUGUGAAACUUUAGAAAAUGGCUAAGAAAUAGCCAUUUUCUAUUAUCAGUUAUUUCUCUGACUAUAAAUAUGUAUUUUUGUAAUAAAAGAAUCCAUAUUGAUGUAAGAUUGAUGGUUCAAAUUGAAAAGUAAAUAUUUAACUUCAAUAUUUGUACAGAGGUGAAACAUCAAAAAACUUAUUUAUUUAUUUUUUAUUUAUUUAUAAGAGUGCUGUUCUGUUUUAGUCUUUUCACCUGACAGACUUGUGGGUAAGGUAGAAAUGAAUGUAUAUAUCCAAUUAGGAAUCUCUUCCUUAAUUUUGAAGCCAUUGGCCAUAGUUAUUAUAAUGGAUUAUGUUUGGACUCUUGGGAUUCUAAAGCCAGAGAGAUUUUCCUUGACUGACUUGGCUUUCAGUGGUAUUUUAGGUGGUCUUUUCUUUUAAUUUGGGAUAAGCACAUUCUUUCCAACACGAAAAUAUCUUGCAUUUUAUUUUUAAUUGGUUAGGCAAAAUUCCUUCCACAAGUUAGUGAUUGUAAAUUGUUGUCUUUUCUGCUGCUUUUUUCUUCAUCCCCUAAAUUCUACACAAACAAUUUGACUCGAGAUAAAAAAAUUUCUAAUAGGUAUGAAUUAUACAAUUGAAGUGAAGUCAUAAACUCUUUUCAAGGUAAACUCUUGGCCAGUUAUUUCACUUAAGAGUUGUAAUUUUAAGGUCUAGUGAUUCAUCUGCAUAAUCUAGGAAUCCCCUCAAUCUUUUUUCCCUCCAGCAAUUUUGAUGAAGCCUCCCAAAGAAUAUUUCUGGUUUUCCUGUUUUUUCCUGUUUUUCAUCUUCCAUUAAUUAUUUUGUGUUUGAAGUCAUGAAUCUUUCCUGAAAGUAAAACUCUUCACAAUGUAAACUGAAUUCCAUAUAUCACGUAGAAAAAAAAUGAAUUUCCAAAUCUGUUGCCACCUAUAAAAAUGUUUUUUUUUUUUCCUUUAAGGCUGAUUGAUAAUUAAUAAUGAAAAUAUUGCCAAAUUGCAAGGAAAAAAGUUACACACAGAAAAAUAAUUAUAUACAUUUCCUGUGAAAAUUGUGUAAUUGAGGAAGGGGACCAGAAUGCAGAAUCUGGAACUACUCCCCUCCAGAAGAGGAGUGAUAGUACCUGCAGAAGAGACAUCCAAGCACCAUCAGGAAAUAUAUAGUCUUGAGUUCAGGCUGGGAGAGGGGAGGAGGGCUGGUGGGGACUGAUGACAAGAUUCCUAACUUGACUUUCUUCCCUCAGGCUAAAGGCAAGGCAAACAAAAUCCAUUAAAACUAAUCUUAGGCCACAGGAGUUUGCAUAAGCCACAUUUAGGGAAAAGAUGAUUUUGAUUCAAAUCAAAUUCCCAAGAAAAUUUUUAUUCUGUAGUGAUUACUGCUUUGUAUGACCCAUAAAAAGAUGGAAAAUUAAGUCUAAAGUCCAGAUAGGAUAGGAUCACAGGGGGGAGACCCCUACACUCAGCCAUGCAGGCAUACGAUAAGCAUCAGACACAGACAAAUCAUGAUAAUUAACGCAUCACUUUUCCACUGUGGUCUUUUUUAAAAGUCAUAAGCAAAAAAAAAAAAAGUCAUAAGCUAAAUUUCUUUCUCUCUGAAUUUUUUUCAGUAUUAGAUUACGUGAUGGAACAAUGGUUUAAUUUACCCCUUGCAGACUAAAUUUUAUGAACAGUGCUAAUUUAAAAAAAGGUUGCCUCUUGCAGAUUUCGUUUGUAAACAGCAUCUUUUGGGGAAAUGUUAUAUUUUUACCAUGUAUGCAGUGGGUUCAUCUGAUUGUUUUAAAGAAUCAAGUCAGCUGGUUAAAGAAAAAGAGAUAUGAAAACAAAUUUAGUACUACCGUGAAAAUGAAAAGAUUUAUUCACAAACAUUUUAGGCCUCAGGCGUAUUCAGAAGGUUUCAGUUUUGUAUUUUAUAAAGUAUUCAUUACAGGAAAUAUGAUUGUGUCUUUAUCUUUCCCUGUGGAAUACAAAGACUUUUUUUUAAUUGCCACAUAAGUCAGAUUACAUGUCCUGUCUUAAAAUGCAUUUUUGAAAAUAGGAAGUGAUUAUUUUAAAGAAAAAAAAACAACGAGGAAUGAUCAACACAGAAACACAAUUUUUUUUUGUCAACAUCUGCUAGUUGCAUACUGGUGAUUGGAAAUAGAAGUGAUCAUCUAUACUAUGUUGCCUAACAGUUUAUUGAUGAAAAUGGAAAAAAAUGGUCAUUUGUAAACUUUCUUGUUUCAAAGAAAGUGAUGAUCUUUCAUAUAUGUAAAUUAUGUCAAUAAUAAAGUAA